AUGCAGCUUGCAAGGGCAGCCACACUGCUGCUUCUGGCCGCUUUCGCCUGCUCAGCAGCGGAGCCUCACGGCAGCACGCCGCGGGACCCGCUUCAGAGUGGCGCCGCCGCCGCCGACGACCACGCAGCGGCGGCGCGGCUGCACCCGCUGCUCGUGCCCCACAGCACAGCCUGCGCACUGGCCAGCGGCUGGUGCCCCCUAGAGCUGCAGCCGAGUGAGCUGCUGCUGCACUCGGAUGCCGCACUCGGCCCAACGAGCAUCGGCAGCGGCGGCCUCAACGGCAGCAGCGCCAGCGGCAGCGCCAGCGAGGACGACAAGGGCAAGGACGAGCCGCUGCCGCACAAGCCGCUGCUGCCGCUGUCGGCCUGGGACGUGCUGGGCGUGGUGCUGGCCUCCCUCGCCCUGCUGCUGGCGGCCUCCGGGGGCAUCGGCGGCGGCGCCAUCCUCGUGCCCCUGAACCUGAUGGUGCUGGGCUUCGGCACCGCGCCCGCGGUGGCGCUCAGCAACAUCACGAUCGUGGGCGGCACGCUGGCCAACCUGGCCUUUAACGUGCAGCGCCGCCACCCGGCGCGCCACGGCCCGCUGAUCGACUGGGACCUCAUCAUGGUCAUGGAGCCCAGCACCAUCCUGGGGGCCCUGGUGGGCGGCUACCUGAACAAGAUCCUGCCCGGCUGGCUGACCACGGUGUCCCUGUCGGUGCUGCUGGCGCUCAUCAGCUACAAGACGUUCAACAAGGGGCGGGAGAUCCACGCCCGGGAGCGCGACUCCCUGCACCACUCCCUGCAGCGCCUGUCGGUCGUCAAUUCCGCAGACUACACCUUUGAUGCCCCCGCCACCGAAAGCCUGAGCUCGUCUGAAGGAGAAGAGGGCAGGCCCCGCGGCGGCCGCACGCCCUCGCCGGUCGGCCCGCUGGGCCUGCGCCCCGAUAGCGCCGCCAGCAGCGGCGGCAGCACGGCCGCCGAGGGCCCGGGUGCGCAGCCACGGCUGGACCUGGAGGCGGCGGAGCCGGCGGCGCCGCCCUCGCCCACGUCCGAGCGCCGCCCCGCCAGCCACCCGCUGCCCAUCGGCGAGGCCAGCGCCGCGGAUGAGCUGACGCUGCCGCUGCUGAGCCCGAUCGAGGAGCCUCAAGACACCCAGCUCGCGAGUGCGGACGAGCAGUGCGCCCACGGCUUCCGUGCCACCCCAUUCGGCGGCAAGUGGCCCAUGGCGGGAUCGCAGGCUGGCGGGCACAAGGCGCCCGCAAAUGGCGCCGGCGGCACCACCCGCAGCAGCAAGCGCGCGGCUGCCUGGCACCCGUACCUGCCUUGGGGCAAGGUCGCCGUACUGCUCCUGCUGCUGGCAGGCGUGGUGGUCAGCGAUGUGCUGAAGAGCCAGGCUGCUUGCCCCUCGCUGCCCUACUGGCUGGCCGCCACCGCCAUGGUCCCCGUCACGCUGGCCACCCUCUCUGCAGUCAGGACGUACCUGCUGAAGAAGGGCGCCGCGCAGCGGGCGUCGGGCCACGAGCUGCUGGAAGGGGAUGUGGAGUGGACGCCUGGCUCCACCCUGCUCUACCCCGCCCUCUGCUCCUUUGCCGGGCUGGCCGCCGGCAUCUUUGGCGUGGGAGGUGGCAUCAUCAAGGCACGCUGGCUGGCCGUGCGGGAGAACCCCGCCGGCCCGCUGAUGCUGGAGAUGGGAGUGCUGCCUGAGGUGGCGGCCGCCACCUCCGCCACCAUGAUCUUCUUCACCUCCGCCUUCGCCUCUGUGGUAUUCAUCUCCUUUGGGGCGGUACAGUGGGACUACGCUGCCAUGCUGUUCACCAUGGGCCUGAUCUGUACCGCGGCGGGACAGCUGCUGGUGCUGUGGGUCAACCAGCACAUCAAGUCCCGCAGCCUACUGGUGUUUGUCAUGGCGACGGUGCUCAGCGUAAGCAGCGUGGCGCUGGCGGUGCAGGGCGCGCAGUCCACGGCGGCCGCCGCCGCGGCCCACGACCUUUGGCACUUCCACGGCAUCUGCGGCACCAACCGCUCCGCCUGA